CAUUUCUUCAUCUAGUUGCCUCAAUGGAAUGAAACAGCGCUCCCCUGGGUUGUAACGGUCAAAGCUGGCGUUGCAUCCUGACAGGUGGUGAACACUAGACCGGUGAAGUUUACUGUUUGAUUACUAUCAAAUAUCUGACGAGGUCACUUUUAUGCCACUGUAGAACUGUGAAUGGACAUUACUUAGGAAGAUAAACUAAAAAGUAAAAUGUGAAGCCAGUCAUACUUUGGCCUCACAACAAAACAAUAGGCUAGUUCAUAUUUAAACUUAUUUUUUUUAGUGUUGCCUGCUAACGUUAGCCGUAUUGUUGUGAGACUAUAACGCUAGUUAGCUAGCAGCUAGUUCUGUGAGCAAAAAAACAAACUAAAUAGAAAUAGCUAACCUUCUGAGCAACAAGUGGAACGAUAAGGGCCUUACAUAAUAUGGAUAUGGACAACUUCAAAGACUUGCUUCAACGGCUACUGUGGAAGCAAGGUUACGCAUGGAAAUUGAAACGGACUUUGCAAACUUGUGCUCCCAUCGCUAAACCUUCCCAGAGCCAAUCCCCUUCUCUUCCGCCUCAGGAAAAACAAGACUGUCAUCACCAGGAAAACAGGCAUUGAAUGUUUAAAGCCAAUGGACAGAAAGUAUGUACAUCGGGGAGUGGGCUAUAACUUCAACAAGGCUGCAACUUUUACCCCGGUGCGACGUCGGCUCACACAACGAACUAUCGACCAUGGUGGAGGUUUUCUAAAACCGGCGUGGCCACUUUUUAUUAUUCUGGCUACAGUACCGUGUAUGUUGUACUGCUCACAGAGUCCUGCAGCUGUCGUUGGCAAAAUGUAUCCACGGGGCAACCACUGGGCAGUAGGUCAUUUGAUGGGAAAGAAGAGCAUCGAGAGCCUACCUGAACUGCAGGAGACAAACCAGGACAGUGACUACCUCACACCCUUUGAAACCGCUGGGGUCACAGAACGACUGAUGGAGGCACUGAUGCAACAAAAGAACCAGAAACAGACGACGCCACAGACUGCGGACAGGCUGCUUCGGCUGCAGAGUGGCUGGAGAGAAGAGGACAGAGACAAAUAUCUCAGAGAGAUGUCCAACCUGCUUCUUCUGGCUUUGAAACUGCAAGACAAUGAAUCCACCUGAAUGCAAGACAGUCAUCAUUAUCUACUAAACGUAUCCUGUAAUUACAUAUUCACACUGUAUAUUUUUUUCUGCUGUAAGAGUACACUGGAAAGUCAAUAGAAGUUUAUUUUAUCAGUAAUUUAAUACUUCUAAUAUGUGCAUCAUGCAGUAGUUUGAUUACAGACUGACAGGACAAGGUUAUGCUGAAUGCAUUGAGAUGCUGAAUAAAUUUAACAUUCUGAUAA